CGGAACCAGCGUCGUCGGUUGCCCGUUGAGACCGCGGAGGGGCGUGGCUGUGGGGGGCACGACAGGGGCCCCGCCCUAGGCCCGAGCGGACGCCGUUAGUUGGUGCGCGGCGUAGGGGCGUGGCGCGGGCGGCCGCCGUUGGUUGGUCGGCGGCAGGAGGGGGCGGGCCAUGGCUCUACUACUGUGCUUGGGGAUGACUGCCGCGCUGGCCCACGGCUGCCUUCAUUGCCAUAAUAACUUCUCUGAGAAGUUCUUUUUCUACCGCCACCACGUGAACCUCAAGUCUUGGUGGGUGGGGGACAUCCCCGUGUCGGGGGCUCUGCUCGCCGACUGGAGCCAGGACACAAUGAGGGAGCUGCACUUGGCCAUCCCGGCGGAGAUCACCCGGGAGAAUCUGGAGCAGGUGGCGAGAACUGUGUACCGGAAGAUGGAUCAGCUGUACCAGGGGAAGAUGUACUUCCCUGGGUAUUUCCCCAAUGAGCUGCGAGCCAUCUUCCGCGAGCAGGUGCAACUCAUCCAGAAUGCCAUCAUCAAAAGUCGCAUCGACUGUCAGCGUCACUGUGGGAUCUUCCAGUAUGAGACCAUAUCCUGUCACAACUGUUCUGACUCGCACGUCGUGUGCUUUGGCUACAACUGCGAGUCCUCGGCACAGUGGGAGAAGGCUGUGCGGGGCCUUCUCAUUUAUAUAUCUAAUUGGCACAAACAGGACACCAGAAUGAGAACCACCCCAGCCUUUCUGAUAGCACCAAGCAUCUCGUGUCUGGAGCCCGGAGCCAACCUGACCUUGGAGAGUGCCUCCGAGUGUCUGACCGAGCACUGACAAGCUGCAGCCGUGGGGACCAGGACUCAGCUGGCCUGAACCGGCCUGUUCCUCUGCCUCGGGUCCCCUCCAGCCCCCAGAGGGGCCAGGCUGGGCUGGGGCAGGGCGGGGUGGGUUGUGUUUGUGUAUAGCAUCAGCUCCAGGCAGGGCCACCGGACCAUUUAUGAUUAAAGUGCCUGACAUUUC